AACAUUCCAAACAAAGUUGACAACGACACUGAUCUUGCGGGAAGCGGGCAGGCCGGUCGCCUCUCUCCCCGGCAUGUCUGUGUGAUUGUCUGAGUGUCUCGUCUGUGACCGUGACCCGCUAUGGCGCACAAGAUAAGGUCACUAAUAUCAAAUAAGGUGGUGCAGGCCUUGGAGUCACUACCAAGCCGUGGCAAGGAGGUGAAGGCUUCUGCGGUGCUCCCUUACAUUCAAGUUGACCCCCAGACCAGUCAACCGCCAGAAUUCCGAGUGUCGCUGCGAGAUCUCUACCAACGCAGUAUUAUUUCCUCGGAUGGACACAAGGGGCUGGUCAAGGUCGGGUCAUCACUGGUGGAGAGAUUCGAGACAGAUCCUUCUAUUCCAGCCGUGUAUAUCCGGCAGACCAGGGCAGACAUCCGAUUAAAUUUCAAGGUAAACUCAAGCCAGCUGGUGUCCGAUGUGGUCAAGGCGGUGACAGAACGGCCAAUCAAUUUUUGGCGGAAAAGUGGACUGGUGAGCCUCCUUCCACCUCAGAGGGUUGUGGUGGAGUACAGCUCUCCAAACAUUGCCAAGCCAUUCCACGUGGGUCACCUAAGAUCGACCAUCAUUGGAAGCUUUGUGGCGAACGUCAACCAGGCGGUGGGUCAUGAGGUCAUCCGCAUCAACUUCCUCGGUGACUGGGGGACUCAAUUUGGGCUUCUUAAGUAUGGAUAUGACCACCAGAACCUCACUGCAUCUGACUUAGAGGAAGACGCAAUCGCCAAGCUUCACCGUGCCUACGUGUGGGCGAACCAGCGCGCCGCCGAGGACCCCACAGGCCCAGACCGCACGGAGACCUUCACACGGAUGGAGGAGGGCCACCCGGGGGAGCUAUCCGCCUGGGAGACCUUCCGCACCAUGUCCAUCCGGGAUUUAAAACGCGUGUAUGCCCGUUUGAAUGUCACGUUUGACGAGUACCAUGGGGAGAGCAUGUACCCUAAGAACGCAUGUAGACGCGUACUGAAAGACAUGGAACGCUCUGGGCUGAUCCGCACGGCCGGCGAUGGGCGGAAGGUCUACCAGGUCAGCCCAGGUCACGAGGUCACAGUGGAGAAAAGCGAUGGGUCAACCUUGUACCUUACGCGUGAUGUAGCAGCAGCAGAAGAGCGGUUUAAGCAGUACGGAUUCACGCGGAUGUACUAUGUGGUUGAAAAUGGACAAUCGGAUCACUUCUCGGCCCUGUUCUCCAUCCUGGCGGCCCUGGGACAUCCAUGGGCCGACUGCCUGACUCACAUAAAGUUUGGGAGAGUAAGGGGGAUGAGCAGCAGAAAGGGGACAGCUGUUGGACUGGAGGACCUACUGGAUGGGGCGAGGCAGCUGAUGGGACACCGACAGGACCUGGCCAAGACCACUAAGAGGGAGGCCCGUCUGAGCAGCGACACAGCCGAGGAACUUGCUGUGUCUUCUGUCAUUGUGGGGGACCUGAAACAGCGAAGACAGCGAGAUUAUGAGUUUUCCUGGGACAAGGCACUGCAGGCCACAGGCGACACAGGGGUGAAGCUACAGUACACCCACUGUCGCCUGGUGAGUCUGGAGCAAAACUGUGGGGUGCAGUACCGGCCGGGGGGCAGCACGGCGGCACUGGUGGAGCCCACGGCACUGGCACUAGUGAAGGAGAUUGCCAGGUUUGACGAAGUGUUGGUGGAAACAUAUCAUGAACUGGAGGCGUGUGUGUUGCUAGCAUACCUGUUUCGGCUGUGCAGUGUUACCAAUGCGGCCUUCAAGCAACUGCAAAUCAAAGGUGCCCAACAGGAGGUGGCCGAGGCAAGGCUGGCAUUGUUCCUGGCUGCCCGGCACACCCUGGCAGCUGGCAUGACCAUCCUGGGACUCCGGCCAAUGCAGCAUAUGUGAUGACGGGAUGGUUGGAUGGUUGAAUGGUCGGAUGGUUAUCGUAUGGUUUCCUUGUUUUUUUUGGGUAUUUUUUCAGCUGGUUCUUGAUUUUUUUCUUGUUUUUUCUUUGGUAGUGUGUGUGGAUGGAUGGUUGGAUGGUGUGUUUGUGUGUUUGUGUGUUUGUAUGGUUGUGGUAGGGUUUUUUUUUAUUAAUUUCUUUUUUUAUUUGGUUCUUGUGUUUUGAGUUUUUUCUUUUUGGUUUUGUUUGUGUGUGGACGUUUGUUUUUGUGGUUCUUGUUUGCUUGUGUUGUUGUUUUGUUUAUCUUUUUGUUUAUUUUUCGUUUGAGUUGAUUUAUUCAUUAUUUCUUGCUUGAAUUUGUUUGUGAGUUAUAUUUCUUUUUAAUUCUUAUUUAUUUUAAUUUUUUUUAUUUUAUUUUUUUCUGAAUUUCAUUAUUUUUUAAAAUUUUCUCAAUCAUAUUUCUUCUUAUGUUUGUUUAUUUGUUUAUUUAUGGAUAUCAGAUUCUUGUUUUUCCUUUUCUUUUUCCAUCUUUUUCUUCUCAUGUUUGUUUGUUUGUUUGCAUUGAUUAUUUGUAUAUAUUUAGGAUCACAUACUGGAAUAUAUUGAUAAUUCAUA